UUUAAAGUUUAAACAAAAACGACAGAAGCGCAGCGUGACGUUAUUAUUUGGAGUUACGACUAGUUGGAGGUGUCGUUGGGGCGGUCCUUCCCCGUAAUCGGUGACGCAGUAACGGCGAGAGAGAGAGAAAGAGAAAGAGAGGGCAUCGGUGAUGGCAGACAAUCUGUUUGAUGGAUUGCCCCCUCCUUCUUCAAACACUCUUUCUCUUCAACACGAAGAACCACAACCACAACCACAACCAAAACCAAUUGUUUUUGUUGCUACCAACAACAACAAGAAGGAAUCAUCUGCUGUUUCGGCACCAAAGCCAAUCCUCAAAAGUGCCCUCAAGCGCCCUAACCCUACUCAAUCCGAAACCCAAGCUACAGCAACUAAAAAAAGCUUGAAAUUUAAAACGGUGACGGAUGCUUCUGAAGCACAAGUUAUUGAGGCCAUGGAGAAGAUAUCUUCACACAUCAAGAACCCUGCAAAGUUCAGUAAGGCUGCGAAACUUGCUGUACAGCUGAUUCAAGCAGGAAGUGUAAAGUCCGGAAUUAGCGAUAAUUUUUUUUCCAUAUUAGAAGCUGCAAUGUCAUCAUCCAUACCUUGUACAGAUCCUUCAGUACGGUCAGAUUAUCAUUCUCUGUUCUCAGCAGCACAAAUCACAAAAGAACUCCUUAAUAAGAAGCAAAAGAAUCAGCUGGCAACAUGGACAAUUAGUGCUGUGGUGGCAAACGAUUUAUAUACAGAUGACAGCUUUGUGUUUUCUAAAGCAGCUGGACAAAUCAAAGAAGCUAUAUCUAACCUUCCUGUUGCAACAGAGGAGGAUGAUGCAGAGGAAGCAAUGUCUCUGAAAGAUAGCACAGUUGUGGUAGAUGAAGGUGGUCAAAUGCUUGCCACAGCUGAGGAUAAUGAUGGGGAGGAAGCUGACCCAUUUGGACUUGAUGCUCUGAUUCCCGGAUCCGCAAAGAAAGGUGAAAAAUUAAAGGCAAAGAGUGAGGCAGCUGUGAAGACAAGGAAGGAGGAUGAGGAAGAAGCUAAGAGAUUCCUCAAGCCACAAAGAGAAGCUCUGAUAACUGGUUUAGAGAUUGCUGCUCGGCGAUAUAAAACACCGUGGUGUCAAACCGUAAUUGAUAUUUUAGUGAAGCAUGCUUUUGAUAAUGUGUCAAGAUUUACAGCUCGUCAGAGGGAUGCCGUUGGUAAAUUGUGGGCUUCCAUACGGGAGCAGCAAACUCGUCGGAAGCAAGGGAAGUCAGUCAAUGGAAAACUUGAUGUAAAUGCUUUUGAAUGGCUUCAACAAAAAUAUGCUAAUGAGAAGAUUAGCAUUCGACACUCUGUUGGAGCUAGCGGAGAUCGUCGUGCCCAACAAUGGCUUGGUUAAAUUUUCUUGUGACCUUUCUUUUAGAGUAAUUGAGGGGAUGAUGGCAACUUCAAAUUUGUCAAGAGGAGGGCAGAGGACGCGUCCUUGUCACUUGAUUGGUAGUGUUGUAAGUUGUAACUAAAGAGGUCUCAGAAGUCUCUCCUGACUGAAACAGUUUCCGCAAGACAUGGUAACUUAAAAAUUGUGAUUUGCCUUCCCUUUUGUUUUUUUACAAUAGGUUAUUAAUUUGUUUCCAAAACUCGAAAUCAUAUUUUGCAAAUUGUGCUAAGCCAUC